AUGUUUAAAGGAUUCAGAAAUUUAAUUACCAACUAUAAAAGAAUGUCUUGUGCCUUUAUCUUGUUAUCAGUAAGGUGGGCAGAACUUUUUUCUACUGCAGUAGUGAAUAAAUAUACUACAAUCAAAUUUUGGGAUAGUAUGGCUAAACAUUUGGUAAUUUUGCUCCAUGGGUUAUGGGGAAAUUACAAGCACAUGGAUUCUUUAUUAGAAAUGUUUCAAAAAGUUAUUAAUGAUAGAGGUAGUGAUAGUAAUGACUCUGAUGCUGGUAAUAGUAAUAGUAACUUCGUUUUUUAUUCUGCUAUGGAAAAUGCUAAAUUCAAAACACUAGAUGGGAUAGAAAUUGUAGGUUAUAGAACUCUGAUUGAAAUUUCACAAUUCAUUAAAAAUUCAAAAUACCAGUUUAACAAAAUUAGUGUCAUAGGUUAUUCACUUGGUGGUAUAAUUGGCAGAUUUAUUAUAGGGAAAAUGUUUACUGAUUGUAAAGAGAUAUUCGAAGGAAUGCAACCAAUUCUAUUUCUGACUCUAGCGACCCCUCAUGUUGGUGUAGAUUUUUAUAAUUUGAAUCAUUCACCUGGAAAAGCAGUCUUAAUCACUAUUCUGAAAAGUUUGGGAACAACUAUACUGGGUAAAUCGGGAAAAGAAUUGUUCAUUUCUAAUAGUGAAAACGAUAUUUUGGUUAAAAUGACGACAGGAGAAUUUAUUGAAGGUUUAAAAAAAUUCCAAUAUCGUGUAGUUUUGGCAAAUGUUAAAAAUGAUAGAACAGUCCCAUUUUACACAUCAUUUAUCACAGAUUCCGACCCAUUUCUUGUAACGGAAAACUGUGUCAAGUAUAAUUUUGAUUUCAAUAUACCCAAUGCAAGUUAUUCAAAUUUACAACCGAAGAUUCUCGAUUUAAAUGAAUUAAACAGUGCUGUAAUUCAUUCAAAGGACGAAUAUACUACAGAGGUAAAGUUAAAAAUGUUAAGAAGAGUACCUUUAAUAAUUUUACUUAUGAUUAUUUUUUUACCUUUGGCCUUAAUUAUAAAUACAGGCGCCACAAUUUAUAGAUAUAUCGUUACCAGACAAUAUAGACGAAUGAUUAAGGAUGGGAAUACAGAUGCUCUAUUACGAAAAGGAAUUAAUGGAUUUGACGAUAAGGUAAGAGGGUUUGUUGAAGAUACAUACGAAUCUCUUAUAUCAAUAGAUCGUGAUGGAAAUAGCGACGAUUUAGAUAUUACAUUAGAAACAAAUGAAAUGUCAGAUGACGAUGAAACUGUGUAUAGUGGGAUUUCAUGGGAAGAGUUUGUGCAUACAUAUUCACAAAAUUGGAAACCAGAGAAUCCAAACUCAUAUGUAAAGGAAUUUGGAACACUCCCCUUAGAUAAUAAUAGAAAAAUAAUUGUUAAGAAUCUAAAUGAAUUAGAAUGGGUUAAGAUUCCAAUUUAUAUCAAAGCAUUGAAUGCACAUAGAGAUAUAGUAGCAAGAAAUGGGUUAAAACAGGAUACUCCCAAUAGUGUUGCUACGGUAGAAUUUAUAGGAUAUCUGGUUAGAUACUUAAUUAAAACCAGUUCAAAAUGA